AUUCGCAGCCGCAGCUGUCAAUCACCAGGUCCCGGGCAUUGAUUACUUGCCGGCGCCCGAUGAUUGCCGAGCAAAAAACAAUUCUCCUCCCUGUCAGCUCGUGCACACUGCUCUGGAUGGCUGUACAGAGCACAGCCAUGCAAAGCAAUACACAGCACUUAGUAAAACAGCACACAGUUAACCCUUUGAUCGCCCCUCAUGUUAAUCCCUUCCUGCCCAGUGCCAUUAGUACAGUGUCAGCGCUUUUUUUUUAGCACUGAUCACUGUAUUGGUGUCACUGGGGAUGUCAUUGACACCAAGUCAGUUCCCCCCCAGUGUCAGAAUGUCCGCCGCAGUCCCGCUAUAAGUCACUGA